AUCCCAACUCCCUCGGUUCCCAACACACAAAGCCAAAAACGAUACCUAAAAAUAUACAGACCAUUCUGAGGCUAGGAGAUGGCCACCUUCAGGCAUUUUGGCAGCUCAAACUUCUUUUUUCUGUUAUUACCGUUACUCUUGCAGAUUCAUUUUGGUAAAAGCCAACUCCAAUUAAACUACUAUACACAAAGUUGUCCAAGAGCUGAAGAGAUCAUCAAGCAGCAAGUCAUUAACCUGUACAAUAAGCAUGGAAAUACAGCCGUUUCCUGGGUUAGGAAUCUCUUUCAUGAUUGUAUAGUGAAGUCAUGCGAUGCAUCGCUAUUGCUAGAGACGGUGAGUGGAAUUGAAUCCGAGAAAGCAUCAUCAAGAAGCUUUGGAAUGAGGAAUUUUAAGUACGUAAACACCAUCAAACAGGCCCUUGAGACUGAAUGCCCCCUGACAGUCUCUUGUGCUGAUAUUGUCGCCCUCUCCGCAAGAGAUGGUAUUGUCAUGCUAGGAGGGCCGAGAAUUGAAAUGAAAACAGGGAGGAGGGACAGCAAGGAAAGCUACGCAGCAGUGCUAGAAAGCUUCAUCCCCAAUCACAACGACACCAUGUCGUUAGUCCUUGAUCGUUUUCAAUCCGUUGGCAUUGACGCUGAAGGAACAGUUGCUCUACUUGGAGGCCACUCUGUAGGCAGAGUACAUUGCGCAAACUUAGUGCAAAGACUCUACCCUACAGUUGAUCCAACAUUGGACCCUGACUAUGCCGAGUACCUGAAAGGGAGGUGUCCGACUCCUGAUCCUGACCCUGAAGCAGUUCUAUACGCAAGAAAUGACCGAGAAACACCCAUGAUUCUUGACAAUUUUUACUACAAGAACUUGUUGAAGCACAAGGGGUUACUCUCAGUAGACCAACAACUGGCUUCUGAUCCCAUCACAUCUCCUUUUGUUGAACGUAUGGCUGCCGACAAUGGCUACUUCCAGGAUCAAUUUUCUAGGGCAGUGCUCUUGUUAUCGGAGAACAAUCCGCUUACCGGUGAGGAAGGAGAGAUAAGAAAGGACUGCCGCUAUGUGAAUAGCAAUUAGCAACAUACUAGUGUGUCGAUUACAGUUUGCUUGCCAAGAAGUGAAGUGUUUAAAAUAAUAAGCAAUACAAAUACAAGUUCAAGAAAAUUGUAACAGUGGACGGGCCUUGCCAUUUUAUGGAAAUCCAAUGUUUCUUGUAAA